CCCUCGGGCCUGGUGACUGCAGCUGCCGGGACCGCGGGGUGGCAGUGGGGAUCGCGGCGCGGGCAGGGACGCGGGCGUGUCCAGCGGGCUCGGGGACGCGCAGGCUCGGCCCGGACCCUCUGUGCCCCGCGUGCUUUGGAAGCCGAGGCUUUGCGCCCAGCCGCGUCGCUCCCGCAGGUCUCGAAGCGAUGGAGCCCGCAGCGCCUCGCCGCGUGCUCCUGUGCUCCCUCUGCCUGGCCUUCUGCUACCUGUGCUGCGCGCAGGGGCUCUGGAGGAGGGGCAGCCACGAGUGGAGAAAGCUGAUCAUGGUCCACCACUGGCCGGCAGCCGUGUGCAUGGAAGUUGAAAAUGACUGUAGAAACCCCCCGGAUUACUGGACGAUACACGGACUCUGGGCCGACAGAGCUGAAGAGUGCAACCGCUCCUGGCACUUCAACCUGGACGAGAUUAAGGAUCUUUUGCAAGACAUGAGGAUGUACUGGCCUGAUGUCCUCCACUCGCCGGCCAAUCGCAGCUCUUUCUGGAAGCACGAGUGGGAGAAGCACGGGACCUGCGUCGCCCAGCUGGACGCCCUCAACUCCCAGCAGAAGUACUUCGGCAAGGUUCUGGACCUGUAUAAGGGGCUCACCCUGAACAGCGUGCUCCUAAAAUUGGGGAUAGUACCAUCUGGCAAUUACUAUCAGAUUUCAGACAUCAGAGAUGCCCUUGGCAGCUUGUACGGAGUGCUGCCUAAAGUCCAGUGUCUUCCGCCAGAGCAGGGGGAGGAGGUGCAGGUGCUCGGCCAGAUCGAGCUGUGCUUCACGAAGGACCUGCAGCUGCGGAACUGCUCGGAGCCCGGGGAGCCCGGCGGCGGGGCCGGUGCGGGGCCGGAGGGGGCGCUGCGGAGCCUGGAGGUCUGCGCGGACGGCCCUGUCUUCUACCCGCCGGUUCCUGGGGGCGGCCGCUGAGGCCCACGUCCGGACGCGCGCUGUGUUUGAAGAGCAGGAGACCCUUGCGGAGCACCGCUUUCAAAACAGUGACUGCAAAGCGAAGGCUUGUGUUUACAGUGGUCUGCAGUUCAGCCCGUUUCCUUUUGCUUUUCGCGUCCUGAGAGUGGGUUUUUGUGGUACGUGGAAUAAAGCU